AUGUUAAUAAGUAAGAUUGAGUGUCACCUGCGUGACCAUGCUAAACAGAAAUACAUCGGCACAGCAAUAACAUCGCUGGGUUUGAACGAUGCAAAAUAUAUGGAAAUCGUGGGCCAGGAGUUUAACUCAGGCACAACAGAGAACGAGAUGAAAUGGUCUGUAUUGGAAAGUAGCAAGGGCGUUUACAAUUGGACCAACGCCGACAUACUUGUCGAUUAUGCCCGCAAACACAACAUGUCAUUUCGUGGCCACACAUUUCUAUGGCACAGACGGGUGCCCGACUACGCCAUGAAACUGGAUGGAAAUAAGUCAGAAUUGAACAAGGUAGUUCAUGACCAUAUCAAAAGUGUGGCAGGCCAUUUCAAGGGCAAAAUAUACGCCUGGGAUGUGGUCAAUGAGGUGCUCAAUGAGAACGACCCCGGCGAUAAACUCCGGGACUCACUGUUUAGCCGUACGCUAGGCGUCGAGUUCAUUGAGCAGGCAUUCCGUACGGCACACGCUGUCGACCCAAACGCCAAACUAUACAUCAAUGACUACGGCAUUGAAGCAAUUAAUAAUAAGUCAGACGCACUGUACGCGAUGGUGAAGGGCUGGUUGGCCGCGGGUGUGCCCGUCCACGGGGUGGGAAUGCAAGCCCACUUCCGGGAGGGUUCAGUGCCCGCCUCUCUCCAGGAGAAUAUCCAAAGGUUCUCUCAUCUGGGUCUAGAUGUGGCAAUCACCGAGCUCAAUAUUAGAUAUAAAUUACCUGGCUCGCAGGAAAAGAUUAAUAAACAGACCCAAGAUUACGCGCACGCCUUCCAGGCCUGUAUGAACGUAGAGCGUUGUGUGGGAGUCACUGUCUGGGGCUUUACCGACAAGUAUUCAAAUAUAUUUGAUAAGGGAUAUGGAGAGCAACAGCUCUGGACAGUUGACUGUAAGCCCAAACCGGCGGUAGCGGCUGUUAAAAAAUUGCUCAAGUAA